GUGAAAUUCCUUUUUCACAACACAGAUUUUUGCUAUAAUAUUCAGAGAAAAAGUAUGGUUUAAGUGUUAAUUAUUAGCCAAGAUGGUUGACGAAAGUACAAGGAAGACAUUGAGUAGCAUUCCCUUGCUUCAAACUAAAGCAGGGCCUAGAGAUAAGGAGUUGUGGACAACCAGGUUGAAGGAAGAGUAUCAGGCUCUAAUAAAGUAUGUACAAAACAACAAGGCUGCUGACAAUGAUUGGUUCCGCCUUGAAUCCGACAAGACGGGCACACGGUGGUUCGGAAAAUGCUGGUUCGUUCAUAACCUGUUAAAGUACGAGUUCGACCUUGAAUUUGACAUUCCAAUAACGUACCCAACUACAGCUCCUGAGCUGGCCCUACCAGGUCUAGAUGGGAAGACGGCCAAGAUGUACCGAGGAGGCAAAAUCUGUCUCACUGACCACUUCAAACCAUUAUGGGCUAGGAACGUGCCUAAAUUUGGGAUCGCACAUGCUAUGGCGCUUGGGUUGGGGCCCUGGCUAGCAGUUGAGAUUCCGGACUUGAUAGAAAAAGGCGUCAUCACUUAUCAAGAGAAGAGCGAAGAUGCUAAAUGAGAUUGGGCGUAUAAAUAUGUAAAUAGUGUCCUUAUCAAAUAUAUGUAUUUAUAUUUUGUA